UGUGGAUGCACAGUGCAUGGCCAUGGCGUUCAUGUGGCUGGAGAUGGCUGCAGUCUGUAACUGGUACCUGCAGCUUCCAUAAAUAACCGAGUGGGGAGGAACACGGGCGUUUCUCCACCUAUUAGUAUCAGGUGAAGAAAAAAAUCUCAGACAAACUGGAGGUCUGCAACACGGAAGUCAAGAAGCAGUGAGAUCGGAGUCGACACAGGAGAGCUUGGAAUAUUCAUUCAUUCAUUUAUUCAUGUGUUUAUUUAUUACAAACUCCAGGAACUGAGCUCUAAUCUGGACCCUGCACUUCAGGUGAUUGCAGCUGAACGCAGGCGCGUCACAGCCUCUUCAUCCAGAGUAAAAAGGCACCGAAUUUCCAAAGAUGCUUUUCCUGCUGGACUUGUAAAUCGCAGGAACGUGUGGAAAUGUCGUCUGGAGGUGAGAUGAGGAAGGAGCUGAGCAGCAGCGAGGUGAGCCGCGCUCUCAUGCAGUUCAUGGUGUUCGUGGCGCGGUGCGCGCUGCUGCUCUACCCGGUGUACGUGUGCGGCGCGCUGGGCCUGAGCGCCAGCUGGCUGCUGCUCACGGUGCUGCUGUGGGGGCUGUGGGACAAGAACCGGCGGCGCAAGGGCGAGCGCGUGGACGCCGCCAUCGACUUCGUGGAGAACGAGUGCCACGUGAUCAAGAGCGAGCUCAUGACGGCGCUCAACUCGCCCACCUGGAUUCAAUUUAAUGAAGUUGAAAAGGCUGCCUGGAUCAACAAGAUUCUUCAUCAAGCCUGGCCAUUCUUUGGCGUCUUCAUGGACAAGCUCCUGAAAGAGAGCAUCCAGCCUUUGAUUAGGCAAUCCAGCCCUCCCCUCAAGACCUUCACCUUCACCAAGGUCCACUUUGGCCAAAGGGCUCCAACAAUUACAGGGGUACGAGCGUACACACAAGAAGCAGACAUGAGGGAAGUCAUCCUAGACUUCAACAUUGUUUACGUGGGAGAUAUUGACAUCGACGCAGAUAUAAAGCCACGCAUCUCAGCAGGAGUUAAAGAACUUCAGCUUCAGGGGAUGCUCAGAGUGAUUCUUAAUCCCUUGAUUGGCCAGUCUCCACUUGUGGGCGGGGUCACAAUGUUUUUCAUCCGUCGACCUACGAUGCACUUGAAUUGGACUGGUAUGACCAAUCUCCUGGAUAGUCCAGCACUACGAUCCUUUUCCGAGGCGACCGUCAUGGACAUCAUCGCUUCCAUCAUGGUCCUACCGAAUCGUCUAUGUUUCCCAUUAAUAGACCAAGUCAAGGUGGAUGAAAUGAGAUUUCCUCUGCCUCGAGGUGUGGUACGUGUCCAUGUGCUGGAGGCUCAGGAUUUGAAGGCCAUGGAUACAGUAAUGAUGGGACUAGUAAAAGGCAAGUCUGAUCCAUAUGUAGUCCUUACGGUUGGGAAUCAGCGUUUCCAAACGAAGACCGUUAAAGAGUCCUUGACUCCCAGCUGGAAUGAGGUGUAUGAGUUUGUGGUUCAUGAGGCUCCUGGCCAAGAGCUUGAAGUGGAGCUCUAUGAUGAGGACACGGACAAGGAUGACUUUAUGGGCAGGUUUAAUCUGGAUUUUGGCGAGGUGAAGAAGGAAAGAGAGAUCAAUAAGUGGUUCCCCCUGCAGGAGAUCGAAAAAGGACAAGUACACAUGAAACUGCAGUGGCUCUCUCUGCAGACUGAUCUGGAGCUACUGAAAGAGGCCACUGAUGGCUGUGCCUGUGCCAUGCUUGCCAUAUAUUUGGACAAUGCCUCUAACCUUCCUAAAGACCAGAAUGAAUUAAGCCAGCUUGAGAAACAUGGGAAGCAACCCAAAGAGGCGAGGCUCACAAGGAGGCAACACAAUCCCAACUCUUAUGUGAAGUUCUCCAUAGACCAACAAACCCAGAAAAGCAAGAUUGUGUAUGCAUCCAGAGAUCCUGUUUUUGAGCAGUACUUCACAUUCUUUGUGCACAAUGUGGAAAGCCAGGUGCUUAACGUGCAGGUGAUGUUGGCUGAAAAGAAAAAUACACUGGGCAUGCUCACUCUGCCUCUCGCCCGGCUGCUCAAAGCCUCAGACCUGACUCUGGACCAGCGUUUCCAGCUGGAACGUUCCGGCUCCAACAGCCAGCUCAAGAUGAAAGCCAUCCUCAGGAUCCUGAAACUGGAGAAGCCUAAGCCCAAAGUUUCAAACCCUCCAGUUGCCAAACCUCGAACAGGGAACCAGGUCAAAGAUCCUCAGCUCCAGCAACCUCAGCAAUCCCAGGCCCAGCCUCCUCUUAACUCCUUGAAACCUGAGGAGAAAAAUCAGGCCUCCACACUCUCUCAGAUGCAGGUGCCUGUCAGCUCUUCUAGCGGAUCCCAGGCUGAGUAUAUGGCCCGGAGAGGUUCUCUCAUGGUCUCGGAGAACCGUCUCGCGGGCUCCACUCGAAUGCGGCGCUAUGACUCACACAGCCUCCUCUCAGAAAACUCUAUCGCUUCUUCACGCUUAGACCUGCUCGAUGGUGUCCCUUACCCAGACGCCAUCAUGAACCACCAGGGCAGCUUUGGCCAGAUUCAGAUAACUAUUCGUUAUGCCACGCUGAGGAACAAGCUCACUGUGACGGUCAUUAACUGCAGGAACCUGUUCCCCUGUAACUCCAACGGCUCGGACACCUACGUUCGCAUUUACUUGCUUCCUGACCAAAGGUGGAAAAACCGCAUGCGCACAAAAGUGAAGAGGAAAACCGUGGAUCCCGUCUUCGAUGAGAAGUUCGAGUUUUCGGUGCCAUUCGAAGAAGCCAAGACCCGGAAGUUAGAUGUUUCUGUGAAGAACAAUCGAAUGUUCCAUACCAGAGAACGAAAAGAGAUCGGGAUGGUCUUGAUUAAUCUGGCUCAGUUGGAUCUUGUGAAAGGUUCCACAGAAUGGUACGAGCUCAGUAUCCCAGGGCUGAAGAAAGCUGUCUAGAGGAAUGAAGAUCUUUAAUCAAACCAACUCCUUCCAAAGUUCAGAAGUUGCUUCAUUUCUGCACUUCUGUUUACAACUUUAAUGCAAAAUUUCUUUCACCUCUCAGGUAGUGACAAAUACGAGAAUCUUUAUUUUUAUUUUAACACUGAAGAACUUUUUUUUUUUUUUUUUUUUUUUUUAAGGGCACUGUAUUUAAAUAUUUUUCCAUCAGUUGUGAGUGGAGUUUUCACCUGAUGAUGGGAAGCGGUCAUUUAUUAUUUUUUUUGCACUGCAUUUUUUUAAUCAUACUGGAAGCACUGGUACUGCUUUGUGUCAAUAAGAUUGCAUCGAUUUGUUCUCUGUAAAUAUAUUUUGGUGUGAAUUUUCAUGCGCGCAAUAUUUCUGGACUCAUGAUAUAAAAUAUAUGUGUACGCUCUCAUGACAAUAGGAAUUGUGUUGCACAUGUUAAUGCAUUGUUCUUUGGUUAUGUGAUGUUUACUAGAUUGUAAAUAAUAAACUAAUACAUGCCUCUGUGGCUCCACAUUACAGCUCUUGACAAACCAAAGGCAAUAAUCAGUAAUCAGUUAUUCCUCAGUAACUGCUGUCUCGAACAUGCUGAGCACUAUAAUGAAUUAAAAUGUGCACUCUCAGUGAGGGUCUUAAGGAUUACGACUAGGAGAGCUGACGUGUGUGUGUGUAUGUAUGUGUAUA